AGUCGCCAAGGCUAGCUAGCGUACAAAACAUUUUCGCGUAGUUUGUAAGAAAAAGUUAACUAUUCAUGUCGUAGUUUUUAUAUUACCCAAAGACCAGUUAAGAAAUAAUGGAUGUAACAACACAUUCAUUUAGCAUAUAAUGCCAUUUUUUUCGAUAUCGUACUUUUAAUGCCUGCAAUCACAGUACACACAAAAUGUGCAUGUAACGUUAACUGAAUAAUUGUUUGGCCCCAAAUCUAUAAAUAACCGUUCUUCUGGUCCAUGAGGCAGUAGCUAUUUUGGGUCUGGGGAUUUUGAGCUGUGUUUAGGGGCAGAGGUGCCAGGCGGACGAGACGGACCCUACGAGAAGACCGUUCACAGUGGUUUAACUGCGUUUGUCUACAACACAAAGACGCACAGACGUCUACCAGCGUUUUAUAAAAACACAAUCCGAGGUGGUAGGAGUGAUCAUGAAGUCCACUCCUCCUCCUCCUCCUCCAGCUUUUGUUCGUGUCAGCGAGCGUGACCUGACAGAGAUCGAGCUCCAUUCCGUCGACUCCAUCAAUGACCUGCACCGCACACACUCUGAACAGCACAGCAAAGGUGUUCAGCCGCCUCGUCCACCACCUCCUACUUCCAACGGGAAUCUUCAGAUUCAAGAUCGGGGAGUUGUCUAUCAAACAGGUCAACCAGCGAGAAGGCCCUGCGUGCGCAGACUGAAUGACAUAUGCACUUCCACUGGGCGGCGCUAUAUUUUAGCAUGUGCAGCCAUUAUUGCGUUCCUGCUUACUCUCAUUCUUAUCUUCAGUUUUUUAGUCCAGCAGAGCAGUGCUCUCCACGCACUUUUGGAGAUGGUGAAACAGAAAAAGGAAACGGCUGAAGAAAUCUCCCAACUUUUACAAGAGCUGCAAAAGCUGCACAUUAAUCUCACAGAGCAGUGACCAUAACAAAAAUAUCUGAACACUAAGUCACAGGAGAAACAUUACUGCACUGUGAGAAGAGCACGAUUACUUCACAGCAACACGUGUGAUUCUUGGUCUUAAGGACUUCUAUUGCUCCACUGGAAUCCAAUAUCUUGCUCAAAAACAUUCACUUAACCUCCUGAUUUUUGUGCAGUGUACCUGGAAAACAGUGUAUUAAUUAAUUGACUUUUCACCAGCACUGAUUUGUACAGUUGCAACUUGCUAUAUUAGUUUCACUAAAGCAAACAUAAGCAUAAAACACUAUGAAAUAUGAAAAAAUGUAAAUAAUCAUACCCGUUAUUAUAUUUUACUUAAUUAUCACUCCAAAAAUGGAGUGAAUGAGCAAGAACAUUACUUAUGGUAAGCUUUUUGAGCGACUGCUGAAUGAUUGUAAAUAAUUAUAUAGACCAUGACAUUCUAUUUAAUGAGGAAAAAUAGGAA